AUGAAACAAAAAAUUAAUUCGCUCCUACUUAUUAAAAUUGUUGCGUUUAUACUUUUAACAUGGAUAUACUGUGUUAAUAAGGAUAUGAAUACGCAUAACAAAUCUAUUAAUCAAUGCUACAAACUUGGUAGAAAAUUAGAUACAAGAAAUUAUCGAUUACUAGCAAAAUGUAAAAAAAAUAAGAAUUCAAAUAUGGUAUGGUUAAAAGAAGAUAUUCCAAAUGUUGUGGAAUACGAAAAAAAUGAUAUGUCAAAUAAUGAAAAAUGGGCUAAAGGAAGAAACGGACAAUCUGAUAGAAGUAUAUUAAAUAAGGCACAGUACUUCAUAGAAGUUGUAGAUUAUAAUAAUGGAAUGUUUGAUGGAAAACAUUUCCAUUUUGAAAAAAAAUGGAUUAAAAAAAAAGAUUUUGAUAAUUUUAUUGAAAAGAACAAGAGAAUUCGAGAUAUUGCAUUAAAAAAAGUAAAAUUUAGAAAUUACGGGUAUGGAGUUGUUAUAUUUUUUCUUUUUUUACUAGUAGGAAUAGGAUUACCCUUGUUACAAGGAAAAGGGUGGGUCAUAUAUAAUGGUAAAAGUGAUCCUGUUAGAGGUUUCCUUUGGAUUAAGAACAUAGCAUCUAAGCUAGGUGGAGCACAACAUUAUUUUUUUUUAAUAUCAUUUAGCGUACUUAUUAUUAUAUUAGCUAUCAUAAUUAUUAGAGUUAUUACUAAGAUUUUAAGAAAUAAUGAAAAAUAUAAAAGAAUUAAGUAUAUGAGUGAUAUGUAUGAAUAA